ACUCAAAAACAAAACAAAAACAAACAAACACACGCCCGAUCGAGACCGAACCAGAACCUGGUUGCGCACGAAAUUGAAAAAAAUGUAAAAAAAUGUAAAUGCAAAAAUAUCUCAAAAAUAGCAUAUCUAUACAUGUUUUAGAUAUAAAAAUGCAAUCAAUCGAUAUUUUAAUAAUCUAAAAAUCGAAAGAAAAAUAAACCGAUCGCGAGUAUCGCACCGGCGGGCGGCAAAAAGAUUGUGGAAUCGUGAAAUGUAAUAUUGCUGUGCAAGUGAUUGAUAAGAAAUUGUGCAUUUUCCUUUUUUUUUGUUGUUUUUAAUUUGAAUUUAUUGCCGAAAAUUACAAAAUAAAGCCUGAUAAUAAGGUUAACCCUAAUUAAAGUUUACCGUUAUGGGCUUGUUUAUUUUCAAAUGUUAAUACCGUUAUUCCAAAAAUCGUUCUGAAAACUGAAUUUUUUUUUUAUCAAUUUUUUUGUUAUAAUUUUUUAUUGUUGUUGUUGUUGUUGAUGAGAAUGCAACAAUAAAAGAAAGAAAGAUAAAAAACGAAGAAAAGGGGAGAAAGAAAACAAAAAAAAGAAAGAGAGCAGUGUGUGAGGAAGUUAUAGUUUAAUGUUUGUUAGCUUCAAUUGUGGAAAAAAUUAAAAAAAAAAAAAUUAAUAAAAAAAAGAGAAAAAAAAAAACAAAAACAAGCCACCAUAUAGUGCUGAUUGAUGUCACAAAUACGAAAACAAAUACAAACUAUCACCUUGAGGGAAUUUAUCAACAAGCCGGCGACACAAAACACACAAAUAUAUAUUAUCUUGGGAAAAUAGUUUCAAAAGGACUCGCACACUAUUAAUUGAAAUGCACAGGACGGUGGAAAUUAUUCGUCGGUUGACCAAAUUGGAGUCUGACUGGGACAGGACAGGCAACUAAGGACCAAGGACCAAGGACCAAGGCCAGGCGGCAAGGACAUUAUCCCACGACUUAAUGCGGCCAAAAGAUUUUCUUCAAUAAAAUAAAAUAAAAUACAAGGAGAGAAAAAAAUAUAUAAAUCCUUGAAACGGAAACGGAAGUGACGCCAUUGAGGAGAGCUGGGAGACCCGUAACUCGCGAGAGACAAACGGUGAAAUAAUGCAAAUUAAAACACAAUAAAAUGUAAAACACAAAUGACAGUGCCCGGGGAGGAUACACACAGGACUCAGUGGCGAGAAAUAGCGUUGUAACAUUGCGAAGCGGUUGAAAUGCCAAAAAAUGCGCGUGGCGGCAACUUUUCCACUGAAUUGAUUUGAAAAGCACGGCCGUAGCAGCAGUAGCAGUAGCAGAAACAAAAACAAAACAAAAAAGAAAGUGGUUUAAGGCAUACGGUACGUAUACGCGAUACGCCUGAAAUCUAAGGGAAGGGGCGUGGCAGCAGUAGCAGUGGCAGCGGCAAGAAGCAAACGGAAAUUUGCAUAACUUUGCUGGCGUGGCAUAAACAUCAAAAACAAAUUGCAAGUAACAAAAGAAACGGUCAUAAAAAGGCGCCAUCCUCGUAAAAAUACAAAAUACUACUACGAAAAAAAACAGAAAUUACAAAAAAAAUACAUAUAUAUAGUAUAUAUAUUGACCUCUCUUUCUGUUGAAGCCCCGCUCUUGCUAUCCCGCUCCCACUUGGUGGAAAUAAUAAUUUAUGCAACAGCGAGAGUCGCGCCCAAAAAUCAAACAAGAGUAGAAUAAAAAUAGAGGAAAAAACAUAAAACAAAAACAGAUAAAUAUACCAUAAUCAUAAUAAUUAAGAGAACUAAAAAAAUGUUCUAAAAAAUAAUUUAAGAACUAUCCAAAAACAUAAUAUUUCAAAAAGGAAAAUAAAAGCAACCAAAACGCUAUUAAAACGCUAGAAAAACGCUAGUAAAACGCUAUUAAAACGCUAGUAAAACGCGUUCAAAACGCUAAAAAAUUGUAGUGUUAGAUUUUCAAAAAAAAAGAAAAGAAAAAAUAAAAUAAUAUUAAAAGAACGCUCUCAAGUCUUUGACACCAAUACACUCAGAGAAAAAUCAAGAAAAGAGAGAAUAGGAAGAAGAAAAAAAACAGUAAAAAACCGUUAUACGAGGGUUGCUUAUAAAUGUACCAGGACAGCGGCUGCAGCAGCAGUAGCAGUCGACGUGGCAGCAGUGCAGCAGCAGCAGCAGCAACAUCUGCAACAUCUGCAACAACUGCAGCAGCUGCGCCAGCAACAACAACAUCAGCUACAACAACAACAACAACAACAGCUAGUAGUAGUGAAGAAGAGACCCUCGAAACGCUCACAAUUAUAACAACAACAACAAUAACUGAGACCGAUUUAAAUGCGGCUGCCACAGCGACAACAACAACAACAACGGUUAUAGCAACAACAACAGCAGCAGCAACACUUGCCACAACACUCGGUGGUACUGGUACCGGAGCGGAAGCAGCAACAUUGGUGGGUGGUGCAGUGGGUGCAACACCGGUGGCAGCAAUUAGCGAUAUCGAGGACUCGAGCCUGGUGGAAAGUGAUAGCGAGGAGUGCCAAUAUAUUGAGAUACAACAGGACGGUGGCACCACCAACAGUAGCAACAGCAUCAGCGGCAAUGCGGCACAGCAGCCGCACCAGCAACACCAUUACUUACAACAGCAGCAGCACCAGCAGCAGCAACAACAAUUGCAACAACAGCAAGUGCCACCGGCUGUUGCAGCGGAUGUCCGAUUGUUGCGAAAAAUCGGCUAUAUUGCAUCGAGAGUGCGGUGUCUGGCAAAGUUCUAUGGUGACUUCCGGUUGGUGAACCCGUACAGUGCCCGUCGGCAGCGCCGCCAAUUGCAGGAGAUCCUGUUGCGUCACUCGAUCUUUGAUCCUGGCAAGGAGCAUCAGCGUGCCAUUGUAUUGGCAGCAGCAGCAGCAGCAAUACUCCCAGCAGCAGCAGCAGCAGCAACAGCAGCAGCAGUUGCAACAGUUGCAGCAACAACAUCAAGUAGAAGUAGAAGCAGCAGCAGCAGCAUUGAAUUGGAAUUGGAUCAACAGGAGCAACAGGAGGAUAACGAUUUGGAAGUUGAGGUGGCUAGAAAGUGCUCCACUAGCUCCACAAUAAGCGGUACUGGCAGUGUUUCCGCUUCCGUUUCAAUAUCCGCUUCCGGUUCACAAUCCUUUGCCGUGGCCAGUACAUCGCCCAUCGCUCUGCUCGAGGAGUUACUCAUACAAUUCUACGAGGAUCACGAACAACAGCAACAUUGCAGCAGCAAUUUAACUGUCAUACAGCAACAGUUCACCACCACCUGCAGCAGCAACAACAAUCUAACUAACAACAACAACAAUAAUAAUAAUAAUAAUUACAACAAUAAUUGCCAGAGCAUAGAGAACAACAACAUGUCAACGUCCUUGUCGAAUAUGUCAGUUGUGGGAGAACAGCAACAGCAACAGCAGCAACAGCAACAGUUGCCAGAGCAGCAACAGGUCUUGCCACAACAACCUGCCACAUCUAGUAAUGCUGCUGCUACAGUGACACUGGCAGCAACAGCAACAGCAACAACAACAACAACACCAGCACCACCACCACCACCACUCAUACCAUCACCAACAGUUGCCACAACAGCAGCAGCAACACCAGCAACCACUGGCAGCACUCACUUGCAACCAAGCAACUUUACGGACAGCAAUCCCGACAAUCCCAGACGCCGUCGGGCCAGCGACUGUUCCGCCGUACAGGCCGCCCUCCAGAACCAGCUCCACUGCAUUACACUGAAAAAUAAUAACUGCACUAGCGGUGGUGGUGGGAAAUCAAUGCCCUUUCAUCGUGGCAGCUGCGGGGCGGCUGGAGAGCAUCUGCUGGCUGCCAAUUCGAUUGCCAAUCGGGCCACGAUCAUACUGAGCAAGUCCUGCAGCAAUGUGGAUGGCGAUGCCAUCAACUUGGGCCUGGGAUUGGGCCUGGCCGGAGGCGGCGGAGGUGGUAACAAGUUGAGGGCCAGUGCGGCAGAUAUCGAAUCGAAUGUGGCACUAAACGGUGCCAAUAACGGAAAUGGAAAUGGAAAUGGUAACGGGAAUGGAAAUGAAAAUGGCAAUGGGAAUAACGGGAACGGUAACGGAAAUGCAAAUAGGAAUGCUAACGGAAACGGUAACGGUAACAACGAGUACAGCAUCCUGCAACUGAACAACACGAUCAUCCAGUGCCACUUCAACGACGACGACUUUCGGGCUCUGGUCAAGGACCUCAAGCGGAAGGUCGAGUACACGGAGCGCAUGAAUUGGCUAUGCCUCUCGAAACGUCCUCUAGGACCGCCGCACCGGAAAAGCAGUCUACCAAAGCAUCAGGAGGUGAAGCGCCGCUUCCUGGAAAUUUGUGAUACGACCUUCUCGGAGGAGGUGAAGGCCGCCCUGCGCCUACCCGCCUUCGAUUCCUACGAGUGGGGGGACGCCGACGUCAUCCACUUGAUGCAAACGAUGUUCAUCGAACUGGGAUUCAUCGAGAAGUUCAGCAUUCCGGUGGACACUCUACGAGAGUGGCUAUACGAGGUCUACAAGCACUACAACGAGGUGCCGUUCCACAAUUUUCGGCAUUGCUUCUGUGUUGCCCAAAUGAUGUAUGCCAUUACCAAACAGGCCAACCUGCUGAGCCGCCUGGGCGACCUGGAGUGUCUCAUCCUGCUGGUGUCCUGCAUCUGCCAUGACCUGGACCAUCCCGGCUACAAUAAUAUCUACCAGAUCAACGCCCGUACCGAAUUGGCACUCAGAUACAAUGACAUCUCACCGCUGGAGAAUCAUCAUUGUUCGAUUGCCUUCCGAUUGCUGGAACAUCCCGAAUGCAAUAUCUUCAAGAAUUUUAGUCGCGACACCUUCAACACCAUUCGCGAGGGCAUCAUCCGAUGCAUUCUGGCCACCGACAUGGCCCGUCACAAUGAGAUCCUGACACAGUUUAUGGAAAUAACGCCCGUCUUCGACUACAGCAAUCGUGCUCACAUUAAUCUGCUCUGCAUGAUCCUGAUCAAGGUGGCGGACAUUUCGAACGAGGCCCGGCCCAUGGACGUGGCCGAGCCCUGGCUGGAUCGUCUCUUGCAGGAGUUCUUCGCCCAGAGCGCCGCCGAGAAGUCCGAGGGCUUGCCGGUGACACCAUUCAUGGACCCGGACAAGGUCAGCAAGCCGGGCUCCCAGGUGCGCUUCAUCGGACUCGUCCUGUUGCCGCUUUUCGAGGCACUCGGCGAACUGGUCCCGGAACUCACCGACCUGAUCAUCAUACCCGUGCGCAUUGCCCUCGAGUAUUACAGACGCCUCAACGAUGCCCAGACCAAGACCCGCAAGUCUGUGGCCGACAGCAACACCUCAGCCACCUCGGACAGCAACAGCGGCACCAUCGACUCGAAUGCCGCCCUGGUGAGCACUCCCGGAGCGGCCAGCGACAAGCUGAGUCUGGACAAGACCCAGGGCAACUCUCAAAGCUCGGGCGGGGGUGGUGGCUCCACAACCGGCGGAGGCACUGGCUCUGGCGGUGGUGGCGGCUCUGGUGGUGGGGCCGGCGGCAGUGUCUCACCGCAAAUGCCGCGCUCCGGAUCCGGAAUCAGUGUCAAAUCGCGACGCAGCAUACCAUCACAGAAGUCAGCCUCCCGGACGUCGGUGGACGAGCCCGCCGGCAUGGCGGCGGAGUUACACGACUUGCCGGAAGGCAGCGAAAGUGGCGACUCGGAAACGGCCACCGAAGUGGAUGUGGCUGAGAAAACGUCCAAGUUCAAGGUGGAUACGGAGGGCAGCAGCAACCGGAGCAAGUCCUCGCACUCCACCUCCAGGAAGUCGUCGCGCGAGAAACGCCCCUCGAUGAUCGGGGAGCUGUGCAGCAGUGGCGGCGGACAGAGGAUCCGUAACUCGUACGGAAACAUCCAUGGCUAUCACGGCAAUCAGCGGUGUCACUUCGGCAACAACCGGGCCGUCAGCCUGGAUCAGUACAGUUCCGGUGGGAAUAAUCGCCGGCUAUCGGACGGCCUUCCCCAGGUGAUCUCCGACAGCAACGUCUUCUACGGCCACCGCCACAAUCGCAGCAGCCUGGAGACCACCAAUACAGGUGGCACGGUGGUGGGCCUGCCGCCGCACGACACCAAUGCCAAUACCAAUCUCCAGGGCAGUGUCCAGCUGAAGGAGCUGCUGGCCCGCACCGAGGCCGAUUCCGAGGGCGAGGGCGAGGUGGCCAUGGAGGAGAAGCUGCCGUCGGACACCACCCAGAUGAACGCCCAUGUCACCCAGCUGGUGGUGGUGGGCACCUCCUCGUCGAACGGCAAUAUCUCGGCCCCGAUAGCCGUUGGUGAACAGAUCCUGGCCAGCAACGGCAGCACCCGGAGCAGCGGCAGUGGCGUGGCCCCCAUCCCGGGAGGAUCCCCGGGUGGUGGUGGUGCUCCCCAUGGAGCGGCCAGCAGCUCGUGGAAGUCCCGACUGCGCCAGUUCUCCGACUAUUUCAGCUUCAGCUUUGACAAGAACAACAAACGAUUUGGCAGCACACGGAGCAGUCCCUGCCCGGGAUCGGGAGGAUCUCAGUCGCAGACCCAGUCGCACGCCAGCUCACAGGGCAGGGCCAAUAACAAUGCCAACGGUGUCCCAGAUGGCCAGGAGGGCGGCACUGCCACGGGAAAGUGCUGCAACAUUGGGAAGCCCGUAAGUGGAGCCGGACAGUCCCUUACCGAUCCCCUGCAACGCCAUCGGGCCUACAGCCUGGAUGUGCCCGGAAGCGGUGGACGCUACUCCUCCAACGACAGCAGCCGGCAUCCCAGCAACAAUACCCUGCAGAGUGCAGCUGCCCAGGAUGCAACGGCCUGUGACCUGGCCAGCGGCUCCUCGUCGGGGGUAUUGGAGGGUCCAAAGAUUUGACAACAGGGGUUAAGCAGGCAGCAGCCGGAGGAGGAGGAGGAGGACAUGCGACGGGGUGCAACUAUUCUCGUACAGGACAAGAACGAAGAGGCCGAGGAGGAGGAGGAUGAUGACGACGAGGACGAGGACGAAGAUGAGGGCGAGAUGCCGGGAGAGCGGCAUCAGCUGCAGCGGCAGGACGCCUCCUCCAGCUGCGAGGUGUCCUCUAUGUCGAUGACCGUUUGGUCUGCCAUCGGCCAGCGGUUGAACGCCCUCGUCUGUCACUGUUGCGAGAGGAAGUUACCUGAACCAGAAAAUGUCUAAAAAAAGGGGGGAUACAUUUCCACCAAAAAAUCAAAGUGAAUUUCCCUAAAAAAAACAUACAUUUUUCCCAAAAAACAGAGGUGAGUUUCGAAAAAGGAAAAUUAGUGAAAUUCCUCUAGAAAAAAUAGCAAAAAAAAUUAAAAAUAACCAAUUGAAGAAGUGAUUUAUGGAACUCGUAGACAGUUGCGGGAAAUUCACUUUUUAAAAGCCGGAAAAAUCUGGAAAAUCACUGUCACAGACUCUGUCUUGGCUCCCAUAGGCUAAGUUUUUUUUGUUCGCCCGUAAGUCUUCUUUUUUUAACUUUUAAGUUCUUCACAGAUUUUAUGAAAUUUUUUGUUUUUUUGUUUCAACUCUCCUCGUCUAUAUUUUUUUGAUUAAUUCGUUUUAAUUCUUUUUUUUUAUGAUUUUCUUUGUUACCUUUUAAGUAUUUUUUAUUUAUGUACACACGCGCAUACCAUACAUACACACCACAAACAAGAUGAAAAAUAUAUAUAAAAAAUAUAUAACACAGACAUUAUUAAAAAAACAUUCAUUUGUUUCAUAUUUCAAGUUUAAUUGGAAGGACAUAGCGUGUGUGAGGGUUGAACUUGAGGCGAAAAUUCCAACUUAAUUCACAAAGCUAUUAUUUUGCAGAGAAGUCUUGCUCUUCCUCUCGCUCUAUGGCUUCUAGUAGUCUCUAAUUAAUCAAAAAUAAUUUGCUUAUUUAGAUAACACAGGAGCAUUCUCCUACCAAUUAUGAAUGCAGUUGUUCCAUGGAAUUUUGCCAACUGAGUCAGAUUCUAUGGCAGCCGUGUGUCGUGUCCUUUCUGUCAAGGAUAAAUUCCAGGAUAAACUUCUGUUAGGAUGAAGGCCGUUUGUUGCUAGAUAGCAGCUCCCAUCUCCCAUCUCCUGUUGAGUUGAUUUCAGUUUCGUUCUCAACCGAAAUUUAAGUCUAAUUACGCAAAACAAAUUUUUGGCCACGGCCUCACAUACAUUCCAUACAACGUUGCAUGCAACAGUCACGGUCUUACAUGCGAGUUCCAUUUCGGUGGUACUCCCAGUUCCCCUAAUUCCAUUUGCCAGUUCGGCACAUCGAUACAGGCAGGCUUCAAUAGCAUGAACUCUUAAAAAAGCAAGAGAAAUUUAGGUUUUUAAAAAAUAUUUUAAUAUUCUUUCAACAUCAUUACUUUUAUGUUUUAAAUAUUUUUUCCACAAUUCUCAAAAGACUGUAAGCUGAAAGGUUUAAAUACUUAACUAGAGAAACUUUUGUAUAUCGAUUAUUAUCGAUAACCUAGAUAACCUCCUUUAAAAACUAAUUAAACAUAAACAUUUUUCUUAUUUUUAUUAUAUUUUAAACAAAAAACAUCCCCUUCAUCCAAGUUAGACUGUAUCUUUGGAAUUUUUUUCGGUUUCAAUUUGUGGAGGACAUGACAAAGUCCUGGCGCGACGGCAAGAUGCCCGCAGGAGCGCCUCCCAUGGCCAGUCAAUUGGAUUUUGCAGCCGGCGAUGUUUUCUGGCGGUGAUGUUUCUGGUGAUUUUGCUGCUUAUAUGGUAUGGUGAUGGGAAUGUGAUGGUUGGUUGCGUUUUAUUUUUGUUUUUUUUCGUUCGAUGUCAGCACUCAAUUAGACGGCACUGUGGGUGAUUCAAUUCUUUGAUUAUUCACAAUUUUCGGCCAGUUGGUUGGAUGGAUCUGUAGUUGGAUGGUUGUUGAAUGGUUGAAGUCCGUUGGGGACUUUCGCAACAAAUUUGUGGAAGAUAAAAGAUGCCCCCAAAAUGCUAAUGUUAUGAUCAAUGUAAAUUUCUGUAUGUAAUAUUUAUACAAUAUGCUUGAUAUUUGGCGCAGAGUUUGGAGUAUAUGGAGUAGAGAACGUAAUUGGGAGAUAGUAUCAGGAGAGUGUAGACCAAGCUGGACCUUGGAUGAACUUAUAGAGUUACCAAUAUAUUGCAGAAACAUAGUUUUUUUUGGUGUGUGUUUCAAGCACUAAUUGAGCAAAAAGUAAAAGAGAUUUAAAACUAAAAUACAUACAUACUUUAUAUAUUUAUGUGAAAAAUAUAUAAAUAUGAAUUAUUAUAUUCAGUGUACAUUUGGAUGUCUAGCAUAUCGCAGAAAAUACUCUUAAUUAAUUGUGCAUUGUAAUUGCAAAAAAAAAUGAAAUAAAAAACUGUAGCGUAUGUGUCAUUUCCUCCCAAAAAAAAGAAUAAAAUAAAAAUAAAAGAUAAAAAGAAUGGCUCUCCUCUUAACUCUCUAAGUUAUGUGUAUGUUUGUUGUAGUCGGUAAGCCAAUUAACUAAAAAAUUUACAAUAUAUAAACCAGAUCGCAACUAUUGUGGUUAUGUGUGUAUCGAUUCCCCACUCGAUGUGUGUGUUUUCAGUAGUUAGAUCGAGAACUAGCUGGUUAAAUGUAAGUUUAUUCGUGUAUAUGCAUCAAAUCAACUAAACUAAACAAAAAAAUACUAAAAAAAAACACAAAGAAACGAAAAUAAAAUCCUUUGAUUGCUAAAUCUUAGAUGUACGAUCUACCUAAAAAAAAAUAAAAUAAAAAUAAAAGAAACAAACGAACCACUCUAAAUUAGCUAACACAUCAAAUUGAUUUGUUGCCUUAUACUACUAAACUAUUACUACUACUAUACUAUAAAAACUACAACUACUACUAUACUGCAUUACAGCUGUGUGCGUUUAUUAUUUUGUAUUUUUUUGGUGGAUUAUCCUUUCGAGGAAGAAGGGAGAAGCCGCCGAAAAAGCCACAGCAUUUUAUAAAUUGUUCAUGCCACCAACUUCCCUUGUUUGAAUGACAAAACAUAAAGACUAAAACUUGAAUUUAAAAACAAAAUCAACCAAAAAAGAACAAAGGUAAAAAACCAAAAAAAAAAAACUUUCCAAUAAAAACCAACUAUACAUAUACAUUUAAAAAAAUAAAUAUAUAUAUACAAUUAUAUAUAUAUUAUAAAUAAAUAUUUAUCUUAAAGAUACCACACUACAAAUCGUAAAAAAAAAACAAGAAAACUCUAGGUGUUUUACAAAAUGUAUAAAAAAAAAAGAUAAUGAGAAAAAAAAUUUUAAGCAAAAUGGAAACUGAAUCGAAACCUCAGCCAAAAAAAAAUAAUAAAAA